GUACAAGCCCUACUGGACGAAGGGCUUUUGAAUCUAGUCUGCAAUCUGGAUGAGCUGGAUGCAUACUGGAACCAGCUCUUGAGGGAUUUUCCACACCAUCCGGCAAAUGGGCAUCGCGAUUCGAGCUUCCCUCUUUCGAUGUAUGGAGAUGAAGGCUCUGCGUUGAACAAUUCAUGGAUGACAUUUCAUUUCCAAUUCGAUCUUAGCCCUGCUUUGUCCAAUGCUGGAGUCUCCCGCUUUUUGAUUUGCACAAUACCUUCAAGCAUGUACAUCUACAAUGAAGAAGGGAUCAACCUGACCUUGCAGGAAGCAGCUGGUUGGAUCACAGAGUCCCUCAAUCGUCUAUCCACCAGUGGUGUCACGAUCCGGGAUCCUACGACCGGACAGGUACGUACACUUUGGGGCUAUGUUGUGAACUUCAAAGGUGACUGGAAGUAUUUGGCAUCCCUGUUCAAUAUGACCCGGACGGCGCAGCAAGAAGAGGUGUGCUGGAAGUGUGGGGCCACAAAGGGCAGUGUGGACCCGCAGUGGUCCUACACCAACUUGAGCCCUCAUGCGCCGUGGUACCCCGAACUUCGUUGCAAGGGUUCAGAUACGCGAGUGGUGAUGUCGUGGCUAGCCGAUGAGCUGCAGACCCGGGCUCCAAGCAAUGGAGAUCUUGCGUCAGAACCUGGAAGUAUUUUUAAAGAGGAUGGGCAGCGCAUGGCAGUGGGCCAGAUGAUGGUGCAUUUGUACAUUAAGCUGGCCAGAUCAGCGCUCGAUGGUGGGAAACGGCUUUUCAGAUGCCGCCCAAAACUACACCUCUUGUGGCAUCUUGCGAUGGAUUCCCGUCCGAGUCGACUUAAUCCAUCCCACUUAGGGUGUUGGAUGGAUGAGGACGGGAUCAAACGCUACAUGCGUUUGAAGAAACUCGUCCAUCCACGCACGGCAUCCCAACGGUGCCUAGAGCGCUACAAGCUUGGAUUGUUGCCCAAGCUGAGGGAUGUGAAGUGAAAAUGGCGAAGCUGGAGCGAGUGUGUGUGUGUGUGGGCCAGGGUUUGUUUGAAGGAUUGAAUGAAAUAUAGGUUUGUUCUUACGGUUUUUGUAGGAUUUAAUGGCACCCGCCACAGGCUCAAAAGGUGUGUCACACCUGUCACAGGUGAGAGCCAAAAAUUAGCUUGAAAUUGCGUGAUCUUUCCCAAGAAGAAAUGUAUAUAUACACUUUGCAGUGGGAAAGUGUUCGGACAAGGCUAUGUACACAAUGAAUGUGUACAAACCAAUCUCUAGGAAGCCAAGCUGCCAACAACGCUCCUGAGGCUUGUCAACUCCUUCUCUGUUACCUUUUCC